AUGCACACUCCGAGCAUACUGACGCUGCUGGCAGUAGGUCUGGCGGCGCGGGUGGCUCUGUUGGCUUGGGCCGAGUGGCAGGACGCCGUCUCGCCGGUCAAGUACACCGACAUCGACUAUGCCGUCUUUACCGAUGGUGCGGCCGCAGUGGCUGCAGGCGGCUCGCCGUAUGAUCGCGCCACAUACCGGUACACGCCGCUGCUGGCGUGGCUGCUGGUUCCUAACGUCACAUGCUUUGCCCUCUGGGGCAAGCUUGUCUUUGUCGCCGCCGACAUGCUCGUCGCUUGGCUCCUUGCCGCGACACUCGCCGCCGCUGGCUGCCCGGAGCCGGCCCGCGCCCCGGCAGUCGCCGCUUGGAUCCUCAAUCCCAUCGUCGCUGCCAUCUCUACCCGCGGCUCGGCCGAGGCCCUCAUAGUUCUUCCGGUCAUCGCCACCGUCGCCGCACUCGCCGCCCGCCGUGACGCGCUUGCCGGCGCCCUCCUUGGCCUCGCCGUCCACGUCAAGCUCUACCCGGUUGUCUACGCCCCGGCCUUUGUCAUCGCCCUCGCCCCGCCCGGCCCGCCCUCGCUCACACGCUGGGUGUGGGCAAACUCUCGCGCCUGGGUCUUUGGCCUCGCUGCUCUGGCCUCGUUUGGCGCCCUCACCGCGAGCAUGUACUACCUCUACGGCGAGACUUUUCUCGAUCAGGCCUUUCUUUACCACGUCCGGCGGACCGAUCCACGCCACAACUUUUCGCUUUACUUUUACCCCAUGUACCUCGCUGACACUGCUGGUGCUCCCGCUCCUGAUGCUGCCGCACCGGGAGCCCUCGGCCUCGCCAUCCGCCUCCUCACCUCGCCGUUUGCCCCGCAAAUGGCCCUCUGCGCCAUCCUCGGCAUGACUCUGGCCCGUAUCCAUCUUCCCUCGGCGCUCUUUGUCGUCACCCUCGCCUUUGUUGCCUUUAACAAGGUCAUCACCUCGCAGUACUUUGUCUGGUUCUAUGCCCUCCUCCCGCUCGCCACCCCUGCGUCCGAUCUCUCCUGGCGCGGCUGGAUCGCCGUCUUUACCACCUUUACCGCCGGCCAGGCCACCUGGCUCUCACGUGCCUAUCAUCUCGAGUUUGCCGCCGACCCCUCGAUGUUCCCGCAGCUCUGGUGGGCCUCGGCACUCUUCCUCCUCCUCAACGCUUUCCUCAUCGCGCACCCCGCCAUCUCCACCUCUAGCACGGCCUUUGAGCGCGCCAAGGAAUGGCGCCGCAAGCUGGCCAGCGAGAAAGAGUUCGGAACUACAGAGCCAACGGUGCUCUCGACUGCGGUACUCAAUGCCUCAUCGUCGUCGGCCUUGCCUGGUCCGUCCACCUGGGCAGGCGUCUCAGCCUUCCACGUCUCCGAGGGCCUGGUCUCGGUCCCGGGCAGCUCGACGCCACCGCCCUCGGGCCGCCGUCGCCGCCGUCCGCCACCAGGCUCUGCGCGUGCCGCGCAAGCGCCCAGAACUCCUGCUACGCACACUCCUGCCGACGGUGACGUCUCAGGCUUGCUUGACGCUGACGCCGGCACUGCCGGCCAACCGUCGACCCUAGCUGCCGAUCACCGCCGCCGCCGGGCUACCGCGUCAACGCCCGCAGGCGCUGUCGACGAGCCCGUGCUUGAGCCCAAAGACCGCGAGCUUGUCGAGCGCCACGAGGCUAUGUACGGCCGCGCCCGAGACCAGCCGCCCCUCGGCUCACCAGGAGGCUCAAGCAUCCCGCGCCGCCGCCGCCGCCCGCCGCCCGGCUCAGCCCGCCAGCCUGCCGCCGCUCCUGCCGCCGCACAGCCCGCUACAGGCGUGCCGCUGGCCCGCAACCCGGAUCAGACCACCCGAUUUGACCCGGCCCGCCGCUCGCCGACCGCAAAGCGGGUGCUCCAGACUCAGGCCUCCGCCGCCGCCCUCGCCGAGGGCCAGCUCUCCGGAGAGCGACUUCGGCAGCUCGCCCUGCAGCGCGGCGGCUUUACCGGUGGCAUCCAGGAUCCGCAGGCUGAGGCUGACGACGAGUAUGCGCUCCGCCCUGCCUUUACCUUUAAGGCUCCCAUCUCUGACGACCCUGUUGUUGCCCGGCUCCGCCCGCACGUUCUCGGCACCAUGUCCGACGUCGCUGCCAACGCCUCCGCUGCCCGCGGCCCGUCCGCGUCCGGCUCUGAUCUCGAGGCUGCACGGCCUCCGGUAUUCGACCCCGAGGCCGACGGCCUCUAUGUCGGCCGCCAGCCGCAGCUGGGCAAGCGCAACUGGCAGGCCAUGAAGACCCGCCUCGGCCUCGAGGACGAGCUCGCUGCCUCGGAUCCCGGCGCAAAGUCGCUCACGCGCUGGCUCCGUGACGGUGAGCUCGUCGUGGAGGCCGACUUGCUCAAGGACCGUGUCGAGCGCCCGACUCACUUCCCCACAGACACCGACGUUCUUUUCCAGGUUGUGCAAACCAAGCCGGUGCCGUCGGCCCAGGGAGUCGUCCUCGAGUCGCGACCCAACUUCUUCACCCUCAACGUCGCCGUCGAGGACGUCGAGUUCCUCGACCACCCGCUCUUUCGUGAGGAGGAGCUCCUCGCCCGCGCCCUGCAGCUCAUGUACGCCAAGUACGUUUCGCUCCGCGAGCGCGACCUCGUUGUCUACUGGUCUCUCCGCCUCGCUGCCCUCACCGACGCUCUCGCCGCCGCCCUUGCCGAUGCCGGCUCAGACGGCUCAGACAACGACGAGAACAAGGGCCUUGCCCUCGACACCUCGCUGGAUGCCUCGUUCAUGCGCCGCUCAGCCACAGGCAAGCACGCCCGGUUGGGCCCUGUCUCUCUCACACGCUCGCAGUCGUACGUCUUUCAGGUUGAUCAGGCCGACCUCGAAGCCAUGCAUGCCGAGGACCAUGCCUCUCACAUCCGCAAGCUCAAGCACGACAUUCGCGAGGCCCGUCGCAACCUCGACAUUGUCGAGCUCGACGAGCGCGUCGUCAUCUACGACAUGAUUCAGACCUGGACUCUGCUCAAGGCCCAGCGCGCAGACCAAGGCCUCGUCGCCACCCCUGUCCGCCUCGUCUUCCGCACCACCGCCACCAACGAGGCCGAAGACCGUGAGGCGCGCGCUCGUGAGAUUGAGGACCGUGUCGCCGAAGCCGCCGAUGAGGCCGAGGCUCUGCACCAGGCUCAACUCGAGGCCUACGCCGCAGCCAUGGCCGAGUAUGAAGCCCAUUGCGCCUCGGCCGCUCAACAAGAUCCGAACAACGAGGACGCAGACGCAGAUGAAGACGAAGACGCUGCUGGCCCGUCGGCUGCCGCAGACGCUGGUGACGCAGCCGAAAACUCGCCACGCCCAGCUCUCGAGCCGCCGUCGCCGCCGCCGCCGCUCGACUUUGACGCCGACGCUGCACGCGCUCAGAUCGAAGAACACCUGACAGCCACCAAGCGCGCACCGGGCGCUCCCAUCCUUGUCCCAGUCCUCUCCCUUGACAUGCCGCUCACUGCAGACGACCAAGUCUCGGCCGCCGAGGCCUCACGUCGCGCAGACCUCCGCAAGGUUGCCUGCCACAUCAGACUCGUCGCCAAUGAGGUCAAUGUGACCGAGACCUCGUCAGCCAAGCUAGUCUGGCCUGACCGGUCUAUUCCGUUUCACGAGGGCUUUGGCCUGCAGCUCUUUUCCUGGCCGCAGCUCAAGCUCCAGCUCUACUCGUCGGGACUCUUCAAGUCGCUUCUUGCCGAGACCGAGCUGAGCGUGCCUGGUGAGGCUGGUGCGCUGCAAGUGGGUGAGAACGCCGACUUUGAUGCAUACUACCUCGUUGCGCCGAGCGCCAUGAAGACCCAGAGCUCGUCGCACACCACCUCGCAAGCCGUCUCGCUCCUUGCCAAGUACCUGCCGCGCAGCGCGCGACAGGCGCUCAUCGGUGACGCCGAUGCCGGUUCUGGCGACACCCUCUCCCGCCACACCGUGGCCAAGGUCCGCGUCAGGCUGGCGUGGGGCGCGUCGCCGACGUCAGACGGCCUUGCAGCCGCGCCUCGCCGCCCUCCGGGCCUUCACCGCUUGGCGCUGCCGAACUCGAUCGACGCGCUCUCGUCUUGGGCUUGCGAGCAUGACAUGGAUCCGUCCGAGCCGCAGAACGCUGCUGUCCUCGAAGCGCUCGCCGGCGGCUCGACCGCCCUUGCCACACCGGCCAACAUUGAGCGGCUCAAGAACUGGGUCCGCGACUUUGACCUCGAUCCCAACGACCCGCGCAACGCCACCGUCCUUCAUCUGCUCUCUGGCCUUGGAGGCACCAUCAGCAAUGACUCGGGGCUGGCCAGAGCCGUCGGGCCCGGCGGCUCGCCCAAGCGUGGUGCCAAUGUGUUUGGCGCCCUUCGUGGUGGCGCAAGUUCCGCUGCCCAGUUCCGUACCGGCGCUGCUGCCCACAACCUAGUCCUGCCUGGGGCCUUUGCGCCCGGCCAGCGCAGGCUCGAUCUUCUUGCGCUUCGCUGGCAGCGGCCUAUUGCGUACUCGGGCCCGAUUCCGCUGGAGGACUCGGCCAUUCGGGAGGCAUGGUUCGACGCCGCCAACGACUCGACUGAGGUCGUCAUUGCACGCGACCAGUAUGUGGCGCGCGUCCGUGAAAUGACCGCCACCGCCGGCUCGCGCCGUGGCUAUGACUCACGCAGGGCGUACGACUUUGCCGAGGUUGUCGCCGAACGGCCGCCGCCAACCUUUGGCCUCGCCUUUGCAGGCAUUCUCGAAUGGUUCCAGCCGCGGCGCCGGUUCAAGCCGACGCGCGAGACUCGAAUCGCCAAGACCGUGGCUGUCCACCGCGCCGAGCUCGUCAUCAAGGUUGUUCGCGGCUACUCGAUUCCCGACCGCGAGCCACUUGCAGGCGAGCUGCCGGGUGCCAACUCGCCGCUGGAGCACACCUUUGCGCUCGGUGCAGGCGCCGCCACUGGCGCGUCGACUGGCAACAUAACGUUGCCCGGCAACGCGCCUGAGCCCGAGAAUCAGGUCGAGCCUGUGGUCCAGAUCCGGUUCCAGGACUCACUCGAGUGGACCCACAAGUCGCUCGGCGCCAAUCCGGUUUGGAACGACACAAUUGUGUUCGACAUCACGCCGCCCGACGGCAACUUUAAGCCCGAAGUCCUUGCCACCAUGCAAGACGUGGUCUACUUCAACAUCUUUGACUCCAAGGUCGCGCCGUUUGAGAACUUUAUGGACGAAGACGAGCUCAAGUUUAUCAUUCCGCGCCACAAUGUGUGGCUCGGCACCUUUGGCCUUCCCUUCUCCACCAUUUACUCCAACUCGCUCCUCCAGGGCCGGUUCCACGUCAACGUCCCGCUGGUCUCGCCGGGCUACGUCCGCGAGCGUGCGCCGGCAUCGGUCGCUGUCGAGCACAUCUCGCCGUACGCGCCGACCAUGCUCGAGCUGUACAUCACGACCCGGCCGGCGCUGGAACCGCCGCGGGCUGUGGCCGAAAAGUCGGUCUCGCGCGAGACACCCGAGUUUCUCGCUCAUGCCCGCAAGUGGGAGAAGGCGGUUCGCGGCUCAUCGUCGUUUGGCAACCGCGUCCUCGAAGUCCUCGUCGCCGAUCAGUCGCGCGCCUCAGUCUUUGUCUGCCGCUACAUCCGCCCGAUGGCACCGCCGGCCGAGCUCACCACCGCCAGGCAGAUCCUACGCUACGUCUCGCUCAUUCCGUUCCUCUCUGACUCGGCGGCCUUUGCCGGCCGGCGACACGUGUGGAACACCAUGGACGAGUUCUUCGAGUACGGCGUCGGCGAUGAAGAGGAGCACGCACUCCUCCUCGCCAACUACUUCCUUCAUUCGGGCCUCCGCGCCUACGUCGUCCUCGGCCGUGGCAUUCCCGAGGGCGAGACUGCGUACGUGCUCACCAUUGGCGACGCCGGCCAGGUCCAUCUUUGGAACGCUCACGCCGGCAAGGUCUACUCGGCCCACGACCCGGACAUUCCGCUCCGCUCCAUCGGUAUGGUCUUCAACGAGCACAAUCUCUGGGCAAACAUUCAGGAGGAAGACGCGCCGUGGGUCAUGUCGUACAACAUCCACAACACCUCGCAGUGGAAGCCGUUCUUCACCCGUGCCUUCUCACCUUCGCUCGACACAGUCCAGCCGCCGUCCAUCGACUACGCGCCCGUGCUCCGUGACACCGUCGACGACGUCACCCGCCAGGUCCGCAAGGCCAUCCGCGAGUCGCUCGAAAAGUGGCGUCUUGCCGAAAACCUCUCUAUCCGCUUCAACUCGCAGUGCAACCUUGCGCUUCGCGACCUGCUCGAGCGCUUUGAGCGCCACUACCAGGGCAUCGAGGUUCUCCCGCCCGACGCGCACCGCGCCGAGCUCUCGCGCCUCCUCACCACCUACGACAUCACCGGCUUUCCGGUUCACAUGCCGUUUACUCACGUCGACCCGUUGGUCGAGGCCGUCCGCAACACAGGUGUUCACCUCAACAAGCACCCGCGCUCGCAGUGCGCGCUUGCUGUUUUCGUCCACCCGUACCCCAACAACGUGCUUGCUGUCUGGGUCUACGUCGCCUCGCUCACACCUCGCGAUCUGUAGCAGCCACGUAAAAGGGGCCCUGCUCAUCUCCGGCUCCCCGUCGACGCCACCGACGACCG